AUCCUGUGUUAGAAGCAUUUCAGGAUUUUAUUAUUAAGUUUUUUAAAUGACUGAAAAUUCACCAUAUUCAUCCUUUACACCAGAGACAGAAUUGCGUAUGUUGCCUUUGACAUGUUCAGGACAUACACGUCCAGUGAUGCAUCUUUCAUUCUCACGUCUUCUUGAAAACAAUCAAUAUUAUCUAAUAUCAUCAUGCAAAGGGAAAAUUAUCAUUUGAACCAAUUUUUCUUGACGUCUGAUAGAUGGGAAUUCUAUGCUUCGGGAUGGGAUAACAGGAGAUUGGAUUGGUACGUUUUUAGGGCACAAAGGAGCUACAUGGUCAUCAAGAUUCAAUAAAGAUGCAGAUAGGGCAGUAACAGGAUCAGCUGAUUUUUCUGCAAAAGUAUGGGAUACAUAUACAGGAAAUAUGAUACAAUCAUUUUCUCAUGAACAUAUUGUUAGAUCAGUGGAUUUUUCAUAUAAUUCUAAGGAAAUAGUUACAGGUGGACAUGAGAAAAAGAUUCGUAUAUUUUCAUUAAAUUCACCUUUGACGCCAAUUUUUGAUUUAUCAGGACAUAAAGGUACUAUUAAGAAUGUUACAUGGAUGAAUAAUGUUAUUAUAUCUUCUGGAGAUGAUGAAAAAGUACGUUGGUGGGACCUUCGAAUGUUGAAGGAAGUAAAUUCUUUUGAUGCAGGAGAAUUUGUUACAAAUUCUGAAAAAAGUCUUGGGGAAGAAUAUCUUUUAGUAGUAGCAGGCAAGAGAAUAUUUUUUCUUGAUUUUAAAACACAAAAAAGUGUAAAAACAAUUGUUACAGAAUAUGAUGUUUCUAGUGUCUCUCUUCAUCCUGAAAAAACCAAAUUUGUUACAGGUGGAGGUUCUCAGCCUUGGGUUAGAGUUUAUGAUUUUAAAACAGAGAAACAAUUGAAUGUUUAUAAAGGACAUCAUGGGCCUAUACAUUGUGUCAGCUUUAGUCCUGAUGGUGGAUUAUACGCAACUGGUUCUGAAGAUGGUACAAUAAGAUUAUGGAAGUCUCAACAAGGCCCAUAUGGUUUAUGGCAAUAAAUUUAAUUAUUUGGAAAAAUUAAUUGGGAA